AUGUCUUCUGUAGCCUUUUAUGCUCCUCAUGCUCCUCAAGUUGAUAUAGCUGAUCAGAGUCUGACUAACUCUGCCGACAAGGUCCACAAUGAUGUGGAAAACGUCCUGUCAGAUCUGCAGCACGCUGUGGAGAAACUGCAGGAGCUACUGGAUGAGGUGAUGGAUCAGGCCUACUUAGAGAAGAUGAACCAGGCCCAGGAGGUGGUCGACGGUUUGGAGUCCGAGAUCAAGGAACGAAAGAAGAGGGACACGAAGAUGAAGGACUUGGCAAACUGUGAAGACAACAUCUACUACCUGCAGACAUGUGAGUCCAUGAGCACUCCUCUUGAGUGUGGGGACCUGCCGGCUGUACACGUCAACCCAGAGGCUUCGUUUGAACCUGUACGAGAUACAAUCCAGGCCCUCAGGGAGCGGAUUGAGGACUUAUGCAACCAAGAACUCUGCAAGAUCACCAAACAAGCCAACGACGCCACACUGUUCACACUGGGAAACUCCAAAGGCAUCGGACAGAAAGGAGGCCUUCUUAAACUGUUUUCUGGCAUUGGUUCCCGCAACGCAAACAGUCGUGUAGCAGCUAAUAAUGAAAGUUCAGCUAUUGUUUGUGGGGUGCCGUUUGUAAAACAGAGGAAACACGAGCUCGCCCAGACUGGAGAACAGGCGGAGAAGAGACGAGAGGGAGAACGCGAGGGAGACAAACUCCCGACCCAGCCCGACGCCCAGUCCAACGCCCAGUCGCAGAGAGAAUCAGUUCCUCUGGAGCCGGUCCAGUCAGAGGCCGGCUGCUCCUGCCACAGCUGCAGUGACUCAGACUCCAGUCCCAAUCGCUACAGUUCCAGCUCCUACGCCGGCUCCAGCUCCCGCAUCAACAGGAAUCGGAUGGCGUCCAUCAGCAGCCUGUUUCGCUCCCGACGUGGCACCAACCAGGCAACAUCAGCUGCCCCGGCUAACAGCGCAACACCCGUAGGAGAAAACCCAUUUAACCCCGGUCUCUUCUUGGACACCCCCACACCGGACACCGCGAUUCAGUCUCCUGCUUUUCCUGCAUUAAGAGAGAUCAACAUUGACAGCAUCGAGGCACCGGAACCAAGGACCAGAGAGGAGUUUCUUCAAUAUUCUGUGAGCUUGACCCUUGACCCUAACACCGCUCACAAACGGCUGGUACUCUCUGAAGGUGACACUAAAGCGACUCUGCAGGCAGCAACUCAGCCUUACCUAGACUGUCCCCAACGUUUUGACGGCUGGACCCAGGUGAUGUGCCAGAGCCCGUUAUACGCCCAGCGCUCCUACUGGGAGGUGGAGUGGCGAGGGCGGGGCUCCUCGAUCGGUGUGGCCUAUGCGGCACUGAGCAGGAAGGGUUCGGACGCCAGAUCGGGUCUCGGUUACAACCCUCAGUCCUGGACCCUGGAGCUGUCGGACACCUGCUGUCUGGCUAUGCAUGCCAACCAGAAGAGGGACAUCCCAGUCACCUACUCCCCUCGUCUGGGCAUCUAUCUGGACCUGUCCACAGGAAUGCUGGCAUUCUACAGCGUGGCAGACAACAUGACCCACCUUCAAAGCUUCAGGGCUAACUUCACCCAGCCGCUUUACGCCGUCUUUGGGGUGGGUAGCGGUGUUGGUGUGGGUUUGGAUUUCGCCCUUGGGCAGUUCUCGUCAAGCUCCGACAGCAUCAAGAUCUGUCCCCUGUGA